AACAACGGGCAUGCAAAUAUACGUACCAGUCACAUCACCCUACGUAGCGUGUGUUCAUUAUUUCUAUAUUUACGCAAAUGUUUGAGAGCUCCGAUCCGGGGCAACCCAGAAAGAGUACUUUUCAUUACCAUUCGUUGAUCGACAAUGUCUGGGCUUAGUAACUCCUUGUCCAUCCUUUUCUUAACGAUACAAUGGCUUGGGCUCGUCCUGCCAGCGCCCACUGUGAAUCAUAAAGAUGCAUCCGAUCGUCUUGUGAGUUACGACAUUCAAAUCGACCGGCAAUCCGAUGUUCUACUGCCCGAACUUGAGAUUCAACUGCUGCAGGCACAAAGGCAACAGGAUGAUCUGGAGGUGCUGCGAAUGCAAUUGAUGCAGCUAAAUUUACUGAAGCUUUUAAUUGCCUUGGACUGCUUUAUCCUGUUAUGCAUUUAUUUCUACGCCAGAGAAGAAAAAUAUCAUCAAGUGCAAUUAAUAUGAGAGAUUACUACUACCUAUAAUUUUAUGAUUUGCUGGUUUUGGGUAACUUUUCUGCAAAGAAAUUUUCGAAUUUGGUUAAAUCGCCCAGAAAAAAGACCUAAGAUAACAUACCAAAGCUUUAAUUCAUGUUCCUUAAGAUGUAUGUCUUUUCAAAAUCGGAUUUCUGCAAACAAAGUUAUGUGUUAAAUUAAAUUAAAUGAACAGGUUUAAAACAAAAAUUCUGUUUUACUUGUUUGUCAUAUUUAAUUCAAUAAUUGUUCAAAUCCUUUCUUAAAGAUACUAUCUAACAU